AUGAUGGCAGCCGCCAACGACCCGCGAAGAACAAAAGACAGCAACAGGCACCCCGUCGUCUUCACCACCGCCGCUUCCUAUACCUCUUGUUCCUCAUCGCACUCUUCAGCUUCGUAUUAUCCUUCAUCGUGCAGCUCUAUCUCUCCUCCUCGAAACUAUUACCACCAACAUCUAAAUACCGCUUCUCCACCUUCGCGUCGCUCCCAAGCCAACGAACACAAUAGCGCCCGCGAGCAUCUCGCAAGUCUUAUAAGAAAACACGGUCCCCCGACCCCAGUGUCAUCUUCGUCCUCCUUGCGAAAAUUAACCUCGACUUCUCCCAUCAACACAUCAUUUCUCCCCUCGGACUCGGUCGAGACACCACCUGCCUCUCCUGCUCCUAUCGAGGAACCGUACGAAUCAACUGCAGGCUCUCAGCCAAUUCCUAUCCCUCGCGCCAACUUGAGCCGCUCCUUCGAAGACCUACCGCUCACACCACUUACGGGUCGUUUCGAUCACCAGUACUUGGCAGAGCGUCCUUUCAAGGAUUCACAUUCUUCCUCGGCUCAUCAACGUCAUAGCCGGAACGAAAAGACUUCUCGCAAGAAAAAGUCGCAACCAAACUCAUCUUCCGCCUCGGAACAUAUAUCUGAUAACCACCGCAGUAGUCGUUCGAAGAAAUCACCGAUGUCAGGACCAUCUCUCACCAUGUCGCACCAGUCAGGCCCAGUCUCGCCAAAGCCAACAGCCAAGGACAGCCCAAUGUACCUGGGUAACUUGCCAAGAUUUCAUCCUGCUGUGUAUCAAUCACCGAACAGUACUCCAAAUGCUUCGUUGUCACCAAACACGUCAAACCAUCACCCAAGAUCGUUUGGCUACCGCGUUUCUUCUGCAGGAAGCGGAAGUUCACGGGAGGCACUGAGACAAUAUCGUGAAUUAGUUGCAGCUAGCGUCUCGCUAUCACGUAACGCUACGGACAUCAGCGGUGCUGGGAUUUCGGCUCCACGACUGGAUCCUCUCGGCAGUCCUGGUCCGGUGACUCCGCUUGCUCUGGAGGAGGCAGAAAGCUACCUGUCCGGCCGAUCUGGUGAUUACACUUCACCACAUCAGGCUGACGGGGAGCGGGAAAGACACGGAAGCGCACGCACUAAAGAAACAAAAGGUCGAUAG